AUGUUCAAGCUGGUAAUUUGUUUGUUUGUGGUGGCCAGCGGUGUCAGUGGUGGGCCGAUUGAUCGAAAGGAUGUAACCACCGAAAAGCGUGAAAUUAUUCCACUGCUGAGCUUCGAGUCGGAAAGGAACCCCGAUGGUUCGUUUAAGUUCGCUUACGAAGGCGGCGACCAAACCUUUCGCCAGGAGUCAGGCGUAGUGGAAAAUGCUGGUACUGAUGAGGAAGCGCUCGAGAUAUCCGGCUCCUAUCGGUAUAUUGAUGCCGAUGGUCAGGUGGUGGAGGUGCAUUAUACAGCGGGCAAGAAUGGUUUUGUGCCCUCCGGCACCAAUAUUGCUGGCGAAAUUACGCAACUGGCCAAAAAUGCCGCCAGUCUGCCCAACUACACCGAGGAGCAAGAACGGGAGAGUCGCUUGAGUCAGCGUCGUGCCCGCUCCCAGUCGGAGCCAGAGCCCGUGAUAAAGACAGAGACAGAGGAGAAGAAGGAGUCGGCGCAACUCACAGCAGCAGAGCCUAAGCCAGCUGAAUCCCAGACGAAGACGGUGACCGUGGCGAAGGCGGAGGAAAAGAAGUCGGAGGAGAAGACGGAGGAGAAGACAGAGGAGAAGAAGCCGGAGGAGAAGAAGACGGAGGAGAAGAAGCCGGAGGAGAAGAAGGCGGAAGAAAAGAAGGAGGAGAAGCUAUCCACAGCAGUAGAACCUAAGGCAGCUGUAUCUGAAGUGGUGCCCGUACAGGUGGUGGUGGAGCAGAAGCCAGUCGCUGAGAAGCUGGAGAGCGACAAAAUUGAGUCAAAGACAGCAUAA